AUGGGCCUACAGUAUUGCCGACUGCCCAAAACCGGCUCGACAAUCUUGCUAUCAGCCCUUUGCGAUAUGCAACGAGAAUUUCGGGGCAUAAACUUUACGCAGGUGCUGAAUUCGACAUUCCUGGAGGUCAAAAACGAUUGCUGGUACAACAAGACGUUCUACCGUACCCACAAGACGGAAAAGUGGGCCAAGCCGAAACGCAAAGUCAAAUUCAUCAUCGUCCGGGAUCCGGUGGAGCGAUUCGUGUCACUGUACUCGUAUAUCUGUUUAUACGAAAAGCUGUGUCCGAAACGUACGGGAAUCCAAAAAUUUGCCCAAGACAUCUACAAUGCGUAUCGAGGAGAGAAUAACUACAUCAGAACGAGGCCCCCUAUUUGGGGACAUGUUUCCCCACAGGCAAACUUUUGCCAAUUAAGGAAGCGAUGGCCGGAUUUUGAUAUUGUCUAUCAUAGUCGUGAACCGGAAAUCCUAAAGGAUCAACUGCUAGAUGUUUUCCGAAAGGCCCAGAUUCCUGAAGAGACGGCGGAACGGGCUCUACGGCACAUUACAAUGGGUUCGACUACCCAUGCCACUUCUUCGGAUAGCGACUGCUGGUCCGAUAAAGCCUUCUACCGUAAUCACAAAACCGAGACAUGGCGAAAAUCGAAGCGCCAGGUCAAAUUCCUCAUCGUCCGCGAGCCGAUCGAUCGCUUUGUGUCGAUGUAUUCGUUUAUUUGCUUACACGAAAAGUUGUGCCCAAAACGUACAGGAAUCCAAAAAUUUGCUCAGGAUAUCUACAACGCGUAUCGAGGCGAGAAUAACUAUAUCCGGACCCGGAAGCCUAUCUGGGGCCAUGUCUCACCGCAAGCAAACCACUGCAACCUGAAGAAAACCUGGCCGGAUUUUGACGUGGUAUAUUACUCUCGAGAACCGGAAAUCCUAAAGGAUCAACUGCUAGACGUUUUCCGGAAAGCCGAAAUUCCGGAGGAAAUUUCACAACGAGCGCUACGUCACAUUACGAUGGGCCAGACGUAUCAUGUCACCGAUUUGGACCAAGCUAAAGCCCUGAAAGACCUGGUUCUAAAGUCAUCUUCCGCUAAGAGCCUCGUUACAGCAAUUUAUCACAAGGAUUACAAAAUAUUCGGACCAUUUCCA